AACUUAGCAAAUCAUCUCAAAAAUGAAGCUGGCAUUUGUGUUCUUAGCUGCUCUGAUAGUGACUAUUCAGUGUCUUCCAGCACAAAACUCUGAAGAUGUGAAGAGGUCAAGUGGCCGAAGACCAUUACACCGCUAUUAUUUAAGUGAUGGCAGUGACCAUUUCUAUACAACCAAUGCAAGAGAGAUUGGAACUACAGUCGCUGGUCGAAUAGGUAGAUUUGGCUACGAGUAUGAAGGCAUUGCUGCUUUUGUUUACACCUCAAGAGUUGCUAAUACUGUUCCCCUUUACCGAUAUUGGAAUGGUGAUAUCAAGGACCAUUUCUACACCACAGACUUUAAUGAAUUGAGUCGUGGAGGCAAAGGAUAUGAGUAUGAAGGAAUUGCAGGAUAUUGUUAUGAGGAUUCUUUGCCUGACGUCAAUCGUCCAUUCCAUCGUUACUGGAAUGGUGUUGAUCAUUUCUACACUUUAAGUCCCAGUGAGAUUGGAACCACAACCAUUGGGGCCAGGGGAAAGUUUGGCUAUGUCUAUGAAGGCAUAGCUUGCUAUGUAUCUAUUAGCCCAUAACUGGAACAAAAAUGACAUUCAUUUUUAUUUUGUUGUAGUGUAGGAAGAUUUUCACAGUAACUUAAUUACAUGAAUUUCUGAUUUUUGCCACAGUUAAUAUAAUUUGGUUUUUUUAAAAAAGAACAUUUAACGUCAAGUUGUCAGCAAUAAAAA